GGCUGUGGCACGGUUCACAUGCCCUGGCAUUGUGUCUAGGAGACUAGGCGAAUGUGUUUACAUUGGAAUGCUGUUGCUGUGUUCCGUAGAUCACUUUCGGUUUAGCAGAGAUCAGGUUACGUCAAGCUGGGCUGUGCAUUGUGUGGAAGUCCCCCCUCCCCCAGGCUUCAUCUAUAAAAUAGAUUUGUAAUGUGAAAGUCCAGAGUGUGAAAGGAAGGAAUAGAAACUACUGCUGCUGGUGCUUUGAUUUUCUUCCUCCUCUCAUCUAUUUCUAUGUGUUUUCUUUCCAGUUCAUCGACAGUAAGAUCUGUGGGAAUUUCCAGCCGUGGACGCUGCUCAUGGAAUCUCCAGACGGAGCCUUUUUGAUCUCCUGAGCCUGGUUAGUUCUCUGAGUUGUGUUCGGGAUUUCAGAGCGAGUGUCAGAGAUAUAUAUUUGUAAGCCACCACCCAGAGAUUUUGUGCUUGCUGAGUCACAAGUAUAACAUAGAAGUACCAGGUUUCUGCAAGAUUCAAAAAGGACCGAGAGUUUUGUAUACUUAAAGUGAAAGUAAUGUCAAACAAAAUGAAUGUUAAUUUAGAUAAUCAGGUUCCCUGUGUGGCCCAGAAUGGCAAACUGCGGAGUGAACACAAAGAACAAAGUCACAGUUAAUAAGCCAGUUUGGGAAUUUCUUAACAAAGAGACUCCAUCCAAACUAAACCGUCUGAGAGAAGACAGUGGAGUUCGUAUUCUCAUUGACGGUGAAACAUCGGAGAUUUAUGUGUUACGAUUGUCUGUUGACAGCCAUGUUCCAGCAAAUGCGAUCUCUCUGGCUAGAAAAGCUCUAAAAUCUUUGCUCAAAGACACUGAGAAAGAGUUGAAAAAAUCCUACAAGCAGCACCAGCUGUCGGGUUUUUUGGCUUACACAGAUAAGAACAGCGACCAUACAGGUGAAACGCACAGCCGUAAUACUUAUGGUAGAACUCUACCAACGUUCAGUGGUCGAGGAAUGAUACUUGGAAGUUCUAGCGGGGGAGCUAGCAGCAGCCAUGGGGGCUCUCGUGACCAUAGAAGAGAAGAGGCAGAAGAUGACCGAGAAAACCAGUGUCCCAUUUGUCUGGGUGAAAUCCAAAAUAUAAAGACGUUGGAGAAGUGCCAGCAUUCGUUCUGUGAGGAUUGUAUCACCAGAGCUCUCCAGGUGAAGAAAGCCUGUCCUAUGUGUGGCCGGUUCUAUGGGCAACUAGUGGGAAACCAACCUGAAAAUGGCAGGAUGUUGGUAUCCAAGGACUCUGGGCUAUUGCUUCCUGGCUACGAGAAGUAUGGGACUGUUAUCAUCCAGUAUGUCUUCCCACCAGGCAUCCAAGGGACCGAACACCCGAAUCCUGGUGUUAGGUAUCCAGGAACAACUCGUGUAGCUUACUUACCUGAUUGCCCUGAGGGGAACAAAGUUCUGGCGCUAUUUAGGAAAGCCUUUGAUCAACGUUUGACCUUCACCAUUGGGACUUCAAUGACCACAGGACGACCUAACGUUAUAACGUGGAAUGACAUUCACCAUAAAACUAAUUGCACCGGAGGACCACAACUAUUUGGUUACCCUGACCCCACCUACUUACUGAGAGUCCAGGAGGAGCUGCGAGCCAAAGGCAUCACUUCUGACUAGAGGGGGAAUAUUGUGCUGUAUACAGGCACUGAGAAAUUGGGAUGGAAAUAAACAAUUCCCAUAGAAGAAAAGCCGCCUUUGUUUCACUUUUCUUAUUGUUCUCCCAUUUUAGCUCCUUUGCCGAUCUCACUUUUCUUGGAAACUGCAAUGGGGAUAGGAACUUUGACCCCACACUGGAGACUUUUCAAAGUUCUGAAAAACUUGUUAAACGUUAACUGUUCAAUGAAGGUUUGCCUUAAUGGUGAAUUGGGAGAUGAUUCGACAGUUCUUAUGAGACACUAAAGUAUAAGAAAGAGACUUCUAGAGACAUUGAGUUACCCAUGGGCGGCUUAGUUUUAGCUGGCCAUCCAGUCAGUAGUCAUCGUGUCUGAUUCCCCUGGAGAAGAAAAUUGUUUGUUAUCUUACAGAGCAGUCCAGGCCUUGCAGUUUACCUGGAAUUCUAUUUUAGGAGCUUUGUAGUUGAAAAGCCUCUAGAAAGGACCAACCUGUCAGCAUCAGUGCAUAAUGUUUUCUGCUGGCCCGUUACCUUAGUCACACCUAUAAUUGCCUAUUAGAUGUUGCAGCACAGCACAAGGCGGUGCAAUUUUUGGUUAUGUUCUACUUUUCUUUUAUUCUUUUUUUUUUCUCCUUCUUUCUGCUUUUUAUUAUUUUAUUUGAAACAUUGAUGGGAUUCAUGGAUAUCUUCUUUAAAUCCAUACAAUUGAGCUUUAUUUUUUGCAGCGAAAAAUUCAGAUUGUAUAUUUGAUAUUGGCAGGAGGCAUGCUAUAAUUCAGUCUGAAAACUAAGAGAAGACAUCUAUCUAGAAAUGACCUAUAAUGCCAUAUGUUAUGUAUGUGUACAGGGUGUCUUCAUCUGAGGUUUGUAGGGCAGUUGAUGAAGAGAGCAGGGGAGAUUGUAUCUGAGCUUUUAACCUAAAGAACAGGUAAAUGUUAAAGUUUUUAAAUAUUGUAAAAAGCCAGUAAUGCUACAAACAAAAUUCCAUGCAUUUGCCCAAACCUUGAUAUUCAGUAUUUUACGUACAUUAGCUUUAAAGGUAAGUGAAUUUUGUGAUCUAUGUAAUAAGAUGUUUUAGCCUGGCAGAGGCCAGUUGCGUGUCCUUCAUCUCCAUUACAGAAUGAAAAGUCACACACACAUAUGUACACUCUUGAAAAUGAUUUAUUCUUCUGUAUAAAUUAACACCAAAACUUCUGCUAAAGCUGGAGAGAGGGCAGAUUUCAUUUACCAAAUAGCUGAUGCCCAGUUGUGAAAUGCUGUCCACCCGAUAGUAUUAUUGGCUGUUUGGGUUUGGACUAUUAUGGAGAUUGUGUUUUCCUCUAAAAUGCUGUUACUGUUGACCCAUAAUUGUGGUAAACAUGUUAUAUACAAUAUAAUUAUCGCCUAUUAGACUCUGUUAUAGUUCAGUUUUUGUGGUUGAAUACCUUCUGAUUCCCAAAUGAAUGCUGAACUCCCAGCUGAAGAUUGACAUUAAAAACAAGCAGCCACCAAC